AAUAGUUGGAUUGGAUGAAAGCAACUCGAGUUUAUCUGGACUAGCAUUUCGCAGAAUUAAAUGGAUUCUGUUUGGAUGAAAUUGACCAUGUCUGACGAGAGCUAGGGUAAAUUGAUCAUUUGAGUGGUGGUCUGGUUUAUUGCGGUUCUGUUAGACAAGGCAGAUGCUUAUCACUGAAGCAGGCUCUUGAACAAUAUUGUAGAUCUUUUGCUGAUAUAGGUUGAUUGUAAAGAAUUACUCUUUUCAUUAUUGUGUUGAAAGACACAAUGACAUAUACAGACCUUUCCAAGAAUUGAUUCCUCGGUAGUUGCAAUGUCUUCAGCAAUGCAAACAUCAUAUCUUCCUGCUACCACUGAUUCAAUAGCACAGGCCCUAGAGGCAAAAGAUCCUUCUGAGUCUAUUUCUAUUCUCUACCGUGUUCUUGAAAACCCUUCAUCUUCCCCAGAAGCAUUGCGUAUUAAAGAGCAGGCAAUUUCAAAUCUCACAGAACUACUCCCACAAGAAAAGAAGGCCGAAGAGUUGAGAACUCUUCUGACCCAACUCAGACCCUUCUUCUCUUUAAUUCCCAAGGCAAAAACUGCAAAAAUUGUGAGAGGGAUCAUUGAUGCAGUUGUCAAGAUACCAGGAACCUCCGAUCUGCAAAUCUCUCUCUGCAAGGAGAUGGUGGAAUGGACCCGUGCAGAGAAGCGUACAUUUCUCAGGCAACGAGUUGAGGCAAGGCUUGCAGCUCUCUUAAUGGAAAACAAAGAAUAUUCCGAAGCUUUAACUCUUCUUACUGGCCUGAUUAAGGAGGUUAGAAGAUUGGAUGAUAAACUACUUCUGGUGGACAUUGAUCUUUUGGAGAGCAAGCUUCAUUUUUCACUGAGAAAUUUGCCAAAAGCCAAAGCUGCAUUAACUGCUGCAAGAACAGCUGCUAAUGCCAUUUAUGUUCCUCCGGCACAGCAGGGCACAAUAGAUCUUCAGAGUGGGAUACUUCAUGCGGAAGAGAAGGAUUAUAAAACUGCGUACAGUUACUUCUUUGAAGCAUUUGAAGCUUUCAAUGCACUCGAGGAUCCUCGUGCAGUUUUUAGCCUUAAAUACAUGCUGCUGUGCAAGAUAAUGGUUAACCAGGCUGAUGACGUUGCAGGCAUUAUCUCUUCCAAGGCUGGUUUGCAUUAUGUGGGUCCUGAUUUGGAUGCUAUGAAAGCUGUUGCUGAUGCACACUCGAAACGAUCGCUAAAACUCUUUGAAACUGCUCUCCGAGAUUACAGGGCUCAGUUGGAGGAAGACCCAAUUGUUCACAGACAUCUAUCAUCUCUAUAUGAUACCCUCUUGGAGCAGAAUCUGUGCAGGUUGAUCGAGCCGUACUCGAGUGUGGAGAUUGAACAUGUUGCAAAGAUGAUUGAGUUGCCCGUGGAUCAUGUGGAGAAGAAGCUUUCUCAGAUGAUACUUGACAAGAAGUUUGCAGGGACUCUUGAUCAGGGUGCUGGUUGCCUGAUCAUCUUCGAAGAUCCAAAGUCUGAUGCUAUUUUUCCCGCGACACUUGAAACAAUUGCCAACAUUGGCAAGGUCGUGGACAGCCUUUACGUGAGGUCAGCUCGGAUCAUGGCCUGAGCUUUGGUGUUUCCCUCUUUCUCAGACCACUUUGUCUUUCAGGCUUUCUUAGUUAACACAUGAAACCCUAAUGGAUGAUUGAUAUUUGGUUUCUUUUAGCUUUUCCUUGUUUGGUUUCGUAAUUGCUCAUUAUGUUCUCUUAAAGAUGGUUAUCCUUUAUGUUUGUUUGUGAUGUGCUGUGAAAUGCAAACUCUAGAUAUAUGAACUGAGAA